AUGUACACAGGUCAUGUGCAGCCAGUCGAAAAUGUCCAGGAGGCUUUGCGCCUUCUUAAUAUGCAGCCGAACCGCUAUGUGGUGGCCUCCAUUACGGGACGCACAUUCGUACUAAGCGCCUCAGAUGUCUUUACUUUACCUCGCCUGGCCGGCGUGAAGGUGGGCGAUGUACUUGAACUCGACUUGGUUCAUGAGGUGGGCAGUCGCGACUAUACCCUGCGUGCGCAAGACCCUGCUCAGGGUCGCCGCAAGCCGGAAGGUGGAAGGUACCCUCUUGUGUUGGUCCACAACACCGAAAAAGACGCUUACUCGGUGCGUGUAGGCACAGAUCAGCUGCUGAAGAGCACUCCCAAAGAAGACAUUAUGCCUUUCUCGUCGUCAUGGGCUGCGCAGCUGAUUCCGGCAGGACUUGCACAUGUGGGCGCUGCACUCUCCAGUGACAUUGUCAAGGUCCGAUGCGUGGUGGUAGAGCACACCAAGGGACCAUUGGAACGCAUCGAAAAGUUCAAACGCCGAAAAGGCUAUGACAAGGUGAUCACCCAUAAGCAGCCAUAUACCCGCGUUCGUGUGGACGCUAUUACUCUGGGUGUUUCUCACUCUACAUAG